AUAAGGUAAAUUAUAUUUUCUGUCUAAGUAGAAUAUCUUUAAAUGGUUGUUAGAAAUUGAUUGUGUGCUUUCGUAAGUGGUUGGGAAUUGAAUGGUCUUAAGUUUUGAAGUGAUUGACCUGUUGUUUGCGGGGUUGUUCAUUGUGUGCUUUAGUAAGUGGUUGGGAAGAUUAAAUGGUCUUUAGUUUUAGUUUAGGUGUAUAUUUACUUUCCAUUAAAACUUCAACAACUAAAUCUAUUUCCAUCUAUUUCCAACGUUAACACCUAUAAAUCAUCCUCGAAAUCUAUUAAGUUUUCCAAAACCAAUUCCUUCUCCAAAUCUAUUUCCAUAUAUUUUCCUUCUCCAAAGCUCUCAUGGAUCCUUAUACUCAAAAUUGUAGCUUUCAAAACCUGUUAAACAGUCAAAACCCUUAUCAGUCCGUCCCUCGUGAGCCAACUGUAGAAGUCUCUGCGUCGGAUGCCUCUAUGCUCGGUUCACCAUGGAACGAAGAUGUAGACGAUGAUGUAGAGAUCUUGUCUGACCGUAAAGAGAGACGAAAAUGGACACUCACAGAAGAUGUGGUGCUGAUAAGCGCUUGGUUGAACACCUCCAAGGACCCAGUGGUUGGAAAUGAGCAGAAAGCAGUUGCGUUUUGGAAACGAAUUGCGGCUUAUUUUGCCGCGAGUCCAAAGCUGGAUGGCUUGCAAAAAAGAGAGCCAUCACACUGUAAAGCGAGGUGGGGGAAGAUUAAUGAGGGCGUGUGUAAAUUUGUUGGGUGUUAUGAGGCUGCAACGAAGCAGAGAUCGAGUGGACAGAACGAGAAUGACGUUUUGAAGUUGGCUCACAUGAUUUUCUUCAAUGAUCACAAGGCGAAGUUCAACCUAGAGCAUGCAUGGUUAGAGCUUCGCCAUGAUCAGAAAUGGCGUGGAGCGACUUGUACCAAGGAUAAAGUUCAAGCAAAAAGAAGGAAGUUGGAUGCCAGUCACCAACUUCAAUGGCUGGACAGGAUGAACCAAUGGCUCGGUCAGAAGGUGUUAAAGCAGCAAAGGCAAAAGGAAAGAACCCAGGGAGCAAGCAAGCGACUUCGGAAGCGGAACAGAAGGAGAAGAUAGAGUUUCAAAGCUUUUGGGAGAUCAUGCAGAGCGAUUUUGCUUUGAAGGCAACUCUUAACAAGCAAAAAUUGCUUGAGGGCCUAAUUAACAAGUCGGAGCCACUAACUGAACUCGAAAUUGAAUU